GAAACUUUACGUCAUUCGUACGUGGGCGAUUUGAAUGGACACAAAGAAACAGACGAACUAUCUGGAAAUGGCAGAGAUGGGUAAACGUGACAGAGAAGAAGAUAACAGCAAAGAAGCAGAGAAACGAUCCAAAGUGGGGGUCGAUGAUCAGGUGGAAGGGGUUACAGCGGAGCAAUCAGGCCUAACACUGGACGGCUUUUGCACCCAAACCGUCCUGCGCGAAUCGGCUCGCGAGAAAACCAUCUUCAUUCACGGCAAGAUGAGUGGAAGCACACAUGAGGGACAAGAAGCAGUGCUAAUCCUGGAGAAAACCCCCUUCCGGGAAGAAACCCUCAGUGAACUGCUUAAGACGUCUGAACUAAAGUUGCAAAUGAGGAAUGACAUCUACAGCACCUACCAUUUACUCCCACAUGCUCACCUAAAUGAAAUUAAAAUGACAGCCAUCUGCCCAGCAACUGAGAAGCACAUCAAUAAGUAUCUGCGACAGGAGAUCUUUUUGAUUCAGGAAAACAGCAAAGACUAUAAAAAUAUUACCCUCCCCUACAUUCAAGCUGGAAGUUUCAGUGUGCAGUGGGUUUACAACAUUCUGGAGAAAAAGGCAGAAACGGAAAGGAUUGUAUUUGAAGAUUCAGAUCCUGAGACUGGUUUUAUAUUGCUGCCUGAUUUUAAAUGGGAUCAGAAACAGGUGGAUGACUUAUACUUGAUUGCAAUCUGCCAUCAGCGUGGGAUCAAGAGCCUUAGAGAUCUGACAGCUGACCACCUCCCCCUGCUACUGAAUAUCCAGCAACGUGGACAGGAUGAAAUUCAGAAGCGUUACGGCAUUCCAGCAAACCAACUCCGGGUUUAUCUUCAUUAUCAGCCAUCAUAUUAUCACCUUCAUGUUCACUUCACUGCCUUGGGCUAUGAUGCUCCUGGCUGUGGAGUGGAACGGGCGCACCUUCUGUCUGAUGUUAUCCAGAACUUGCAGGCAGAUGCACAGUACUACCAGUCUCGAACCCUGACCUUUACUCUGAGAGCUGAUGAUGCUUUGCUCCAGAAAUUUCGAGAUGCUGGUCGUCUGUAGAGAUGUUUUUGCUUUUAAACAAUUUUUGAAUUUCCAUUAAGGACGUGUUUAAAAUAAUUUUCUGUAUUACUUAACACAAAGAAAAAACAUCUUUAAAGCAUAAAUUGUGUGUAAACAAACACAAAUGGACAAUGCGAACCACUGAGCUGGAUACCUCAAGUGGUCUUUGGUACAAACUAUAGAUUAAAGGAACUCCCAAAUUAAUUUUAUUUUAGCAGAGUUAAUGUGUACUGAACCUUUAAUUAUGUAUAUUUUUUUAGGCUGUAUAUUUUUUCAGUUAUAGAAAUGCAACACUCAUUAUGUCUACAUUAAUAAAGGUACAUGAACAGUAACUUGUAAUAAAAUCCAAAAAAUGAACUGUCCAUCAUAGACUUGAUUUGCUUGACUGGUAUCUGUUCAGGUAGUAUUCAGGAAGACUGGAUUAUGGGUACAAAUGGAAGCCUGGCUGCUGCUGCUUCUUGACAGUCUGAACAGCUUAGAAUGGUGCCUCUGUAGGUUACAUUGAGUCAGUUUGGUCUAGUCUUGUAGGAAUUGACCUUUGACUGAAAUCACUAAAGCUGUUAAAGAAGAAAAAUCCCCAAGUUGUUAAUUUAUUUCCCCACCAUCCUUAAAAUGUGGGUGUCUAUUGUUGGGGAAAACGAAAGACUUGUUGGAGCCAUAAUACUCAUACGGUCAAGCCAUUUUAAAAUGAUGAUUGUUGUUUGUGGAGUUCUACUUUAACUAUGGCGGUUCUAUUUUAUUGCACUGCUAAUAUUUUAACACAAAUCACCACCACCACUAAUAGACUACUGUGAUUUAUUUGUUUUUUCUCUUUAUAAUAAAGCUUUGGAUAAAUAUUUGUGCUGUUGCUUUUUAUCAUGACAGUUAUCCUUUAUUUAGCAGUCAUCUUAACCAGGGCUACUUUAAAAAAUAAAGCUAUACUGCACAUAUUAGUGAUUACACAAAAAUGAAUGACACAGUGGUUUGUGUUUCAGGUCCAGGAAACCUGAUCUGAAUCCUGGCUAUCUUACUGUUUGAUGUUCUAAGUGGCUGAUAAGGCAGAGCAUGAACAAAAAUCAGAAAAUUGCAGAGAUCUGUUUAUACUAAGGAGUGUAACA